ACCGACUCAUCUGACAGCAGUCUCCAAAAAUACCAUAGCAGCCUCCAUCUGUGUGAUUAAACAAAGUCACCUGAAAGUCCUGCUUUUAGUCCACUUAGAAUGGGUCGUUUUGGCCGUUUUCACUGACAGUAGUGAGUUCCCAGACUCUGUGAUCCCCACCUGCCUUUCAGCCGCCUCCUAAAAGGCUCCAACAUGCUGCGAGAAAGCUCCAAGGUGUGGAGCAAUAGCUCAGAGGCCUACAGCAGCGAUCCUGAGGAGGACGAGGAGGAGGAAGAGUACAUGGUGUUUGGGGAGACUGAUCAGGACGGCACGAUGGAGGAGAUGAUGGAUCUGAGCGACCUACCCACGGCGCUCUUUGCGUGCAGCGUCCAUGAAGCGGUGUUCGAAGAGGACGCACACAGGGAGAGGUUUGAGGCGUUGUUUAGGAUCUAUGAUGAACAAACGAAUUUCCAGAUGUUCAAAAGCUUCCGGAGAGUCCGGAUCAACUUCAGUACCCCAGAAGCUGCUGCCCGCGCUCGCAUCGAGCUGCACGAGACAGAGUUCAACGGCCAGAAGCUCAAACUCUACUUUGCCCAAGUCCAGAACGGUGACGAGAACGUUGACAAAUCGUACCUGGCCCCUCCCCAGCCCGUCAAACAGUUUCUGAUCUCGCCGCCUGCCUCGCCUCCUGUGGGCUGGAGCCAGAGCGAAGACGCUACGCCCGUCAUCAACUACGACCUGCUGUGUGCAGUAGCCAAGCUAGGACCUGGUGAAAAGUAUGAGCUACAUGCGGGGACAGAGUCCACCCCCAGCGUGGUCGUCCACGUGUGCGAGAGCGAGACGGAGGAGGACGAGGCGGUGCGGCCAAAGCAGCAGAUUGUCCAGACCAGACGCCCAGACGGACCCCCCAAAGUCUUCAACUAGAGAGGCCUCCCCCCAACACCGGCGCGGCCCCCAACCGCCCCUUAAACCCGUAACACACCUGCCCUCUCUCUCUCGUCUCUGCACUCACAGAGAGCGUUGAUGCCCCUCAUUUCAGUUCAACUACAAGCAAAAACAAACCAACAAACAUUGCUCGAAGACGGUGUUUGUGGGGAGCGUGGCGAUGGAAUGAGGCGGCUUGAAGGGGAUGGAUGAGAAUCACACACACACUCAUCACAUUCUGCGGACAGCGUGGGGAGCAGCGGGCAUGCUUGCCUCCACCCCACCAACCCCACUCGUUUUCAGCAAGAGGGGUCGAAAUACCUGUCCCAAUGCAGGCACCUGUCACUUAUCACACACACUCAGCUCUCAUUGCUAGUCCUGCUCAAUAGCUUGCUAGUUAGGUAGCUUGUUAGCUUGUACCUCUCCUUUUGUCUCACAGUUUGCGUGUACAAUAAUCUUCGGUUGAGGUACAGGCGAGACCUCUAAACAAAGACUUUUUUUCUUCUUUCAUUUUUUUUUACAAUAAAUUGUGUUUUCAGGUUAUAUAUAUAUGUCUAUUUUUUCUUUUUUUUCAUCCAUUUUCAUAUCUGCUGCAUAUUUGUCGCUUCAGCUUGCAUCAAGAUUGAGUGUGUGAUGUUUCCGCUCUUGUCUGCAUGUAUAUACUGUAUUACAAAAAAAAUGUACGUACAGAAACACAAAUACUUACAAGAUAUAUUUAAAAAAAGGAACCUAUUUAACAUCACACACAGCACGAAGCGCCAUAUGUGACUAACAACGUUGUGGUGGUUGUUUGACUUUUUCGCUCGUUUUGCGCUUUUAGUCUUUUUUGUUUGGAGAGGUGUUGUUUUUUGCUGAACUACUAGAUGUGUAUUCUUACUAUGUAUUUGAUACCCCCAACACUUUUGCAUGCUUAGUUACUUCUGUAGAUGAGGAGCUGAAGUGUUUUUUAUUGUUGUUUGUGAUGACAGGAAAAUAGUGUGACUAGAGCUUUUGACGCAGGUGCGAGUUUAAAGUGACGUCUUGGGGGCAAGAUUCACAGUUGAGUCUUCAACUUGUUGGCAAAUUUGCAUUUGUCGCUUUCGUUGGGAUUUGAUGGAUCAGAGACAGUUCAUCCCCCUCAUUUCCUUAAAGGGGUUUGGGAUGCUGAUUUUAUUUUUCUGAUGCUGUUUGAUGUAAUUCACAUCUUUAAUGUCUUGGUUAUGUUGUUUGAUCAAACCCACUUUCUAUGUGUCAGGUUUUCUUCUGAAACCAACUACUGCUUGUUUUGCACUGAGUAUCUCUUGAGAUCUCCAAGCAAGUGCGGGGCUCUCGACCGUCCCCUGCUGCGCACCAGAAUACUGCGCUGCUUCUCGCUGUAAAUAGCUGAGCAGUAGAUUUGCAGAAAUAGUCCUUUUAGAUUUUGUAGUUUACCUGAAAGCAUUUUGCUGAGAAAAGGGAAAAUUAGGUAAUCUCAUGAGGUUUCAACCAAAGCAUUCACUCACCUCAUAAUGUCAUGACAACUUGAGAAUUUUCUUACUCAAGAGACACUGGUGUAUAUUGUUAAAGUGAGCAGAAAGAAAUAAUCCCCAACACAACUGCAGUACAUUUUAUUGCAUUAUUUUUUAUUUUAUAUUAGCACAUAUACUAUUUUUUUUUUCAGUAUCUAAUUCAGUGGAAACUACAUCUCCACUGAAUAGCAUGAACUCUUUACUUAAAUACUUUUCCUUUGCUUUGAUUAAUUCUCCCCACAUCUCAAAUGAUAUCAGUGUUUCACCUACUCCUUGAAUGAAAUAUUUCAGUGCUUUAGAAGCAACAUGAGCAAAGCUUCCUUACAGGGGUUUUUGGGUGUCAGCGGUGAGUCUAAAUCUUAUUUGUCAUUAGGCAGCAGCAUGAAAUCUGAAAAUGCAUUUUUGCUAUAUAACAAUAAUUGUAAGCAAAAGACAAGUAAGUCUGCAUGUGAGCACUUUAUUGUCAGUGUUUUGUUUGUUUCACAUAAAAUACUCUUUCUUGAGACAAAGUAGGAAGCACAUUGCAUUUCUUCUCUGUUUCUUUCUUGUGUUUUUUUUCUUCUUUUAUCUCAAGCUGAACACCUGGUUAGCCUUUUCACCAGCAUAUUGCAGUGAGUGAAACACUCCACUUCCUUUUUGCUAGAGUGAACCUCGGAGAAUUUCAGGCCUUUUGGAUCUAUGGGAGUGUACUACUGUAAAGAUGUAAGACAGUGCUGCACCAUUGUAGGUUUCAAAUGCGGCAGGAUGACACUGCAAAACAAAUUCAAUGUCUUUGUUUUCGUGUUUGUCCACAAGAAACAUUCAUCUUACCUUCUGAGAAAGUUAAGCAGCUCUUUGAAAUGCACCAUGUUGGCAGAGUGCAGUUUUAUUGGCACUUAAGUAAAACUGUCUCGGUUAUCUACGCAGACAGCAGAUUGGUGGAACUACUGAGGUGGAUUGUGAUAAAGGGAAAGGAGCCAGCAGCAGGAGGAAGACACUCGUGAAGAUUUUUUUACUCUCUGUGGUCAUGGUGUUUAAAACUGAGUGCAUUUUGGUCACAGUUGAAAUGAAAAUGUAUAUUUAUGUACAUAUGCCAAGUGUUUUUUUUUUGUUGCUGAGGCCAGUCCCAGUGUGCAGUUUGUUACAGCUUCUCUUGGCAAUGUUAUAAUGGAAAAAAAAAUUAAAAUUGUGUAACAAUAAGUCCUCAAGAUGCUCGAUCAAAACCAACUGUCAGUGUGUUGUGUUCAACAUGGACUCUGUUUGAAUGUUUCUUUUUUUUCUGGGGAACGUCUACUAAAAAGGUCAAUAUUAAUGUUUGUCACUGUUGUACUGUUUCUGUUGAAAUAUGAAUAUUGUGUCUUGUAUUGUAGGAAUCCAGAAAACAAAGUAGCAAAACAAGCAAUAAUUUACAGUUCUAUAAUACCGGUAUGUGUAUUUUCAUGUUCUGUACUUAUUUCUCAGAGAUGGUCUCUGUCUCUUACAGUAUCCGCUUCUAUUUGUGUAGUAUA